AUGGGUCCAUAUCAACCUAAGUUAGCAGAGUAUCCAAAGACUGAAUCAGGGAGACAGUAUCGUCGAUUUAAGUACACUUGGUUUGAUCAAUUUCCUUGGAUAGAGUACUCUCCAUCAAAGGAUGCAGUGUUUUGUUUUCCAUGCUUUAUCUUUGAAAACAAAGUGCCUCGUCAUCUCACAUUCACCACCGAAGGCUUUAGAAGUUGGAAGAGGGUUAAUGAUGGGGUUAGAUGUGCACUUUUGAUGCAUGUGGGAAGUCCCACUUCACCACAUAAUAAUGCUGUGAAAUCUGCUGAAGAUUUAAUAAAAGUAAGUAGACAUAUUGAUAAAGUGUUGAAUGCACAAACUGUUGAAGAAGUUCAUAAAAAUCGGUUGAGACUUAUGACAACAAUUGAAAGUGUUCGAUGGCUUAGCUUACAAGCAUGUGCAUUUAGAGGUCAUGAUAAAUCUUCGGCUUCUAAUAAUCGAGGUAAUUUUUUAGAGAUGAUAAGACUUAUGGGGAGACUGAAUGUUGACAUUGAUGAUGUUGUCUUAGAAAAAGCUCCGAAAAAUGCAAAGUAUACCUCGCCGACUAUUCAAAAAGAGAUUUUGUAUAUUCUUGCGAACAAAGUGAGGAAAAAGAUUUGUGAAGAAGUUAGAGAUGCAAAGUUUUGUAUUUUGGUUGACGAAGCCAAAGAUGCAUCAAAUAAAGAACAAAUGGCUAUUUUUUUGAGAUUUGUUGACAUUCAGGGUUUUGUACAAGAGCGUUUUUUUAGUAUUGUGCAUGUUUCAGAUACUACUUCUUCAACACUUAAAAAAGAAAUUUGUGAUGUGCUCGCUCGAUAUAACUUGCAUAUUUUCAAUAUGCGAGGUCAAGGGUAUGAUGGUGCUAGCAAUAUGUGUGGCGCAUGGAAUAGACUACAAGCUCUAUUUCUCAGAGAUUGUCCUUAUGCAUAUUAUGCUAUAGAAAUUGCACAUAUGGUAGCUACUGGAGAACGUGAGACCGGUAGAGGGGCUAAUCAAAUUGGUAAUUUACAUCGAAGUGGAACUACUCGUUGGAGCUCUCAUUUUGAUUCUAUUUGCAGCUUAAUAGAUAUGUAUGGUGCAACUAUUACUGUGCUUGAAAGUAUGGUUCAAGAAGGAUCUUCUAAUUCUAUACGUGGAGAAGCUGGUGGUUGUUUGAUUCAAAAAUCUCUUGACAUCUUAAAUGCAAUGGAUCUUGUAUCAACUACUAAAGCAUUGCUUCAAACUUUGAGAGAUGCCGGAUUUGAUCUUCUUCUUGCAAAUGUGCAAUUUGUUUGCACAAAAUAUGAGAUUGACAUACCACAUAUGAAUGCUUCGUAUAAAAAGGCUACAGGUCGUUCAUGUCAACAACAAGGUUCAGUGACAGUUUACCAGCAUUAUCAUUAUGAUAUAUUUAACUCAACAAUAGAUUUUCAGUUGGAAGAAUUAAAUUCUAGAUUCAAUGAUGAGACAGUGGAACUCCUUCUAGAGCAUUAUCAGAUUGAUGUGAUUCAUCAUGAGAGCUUUCAGAAUAUGUCUACCAUUUCUGAAUUAUGUCGAGGAUUAGCUGAAACAAAUAAGUCGCAGCACUAUCAUUUGAUUGACAGGUUGAUUCGUCUUGUUUUGACUUUGCCUGUUUCCACUGCCACUACAGAGCGGGCAUUUUCAUCUAUGAAACAUGUUAAAACUGUGCUUCGCAAUAAAAUAGAAGAGGAGUUCUUAGCAGAUUCUAUGAUGAUUUAUAUUGAACGAGAGCUUGUUGAAGAUAUUGAUUCGGAUUCGAUCAUAGAUGAAUUCUAUUCUACAAAACAUCGAAGGGUGCAGCUUUGA